UAAUGACAUUGUAGUUUGUAAUAAUAUUCAUCUAAUAGCAAAGUUAGUUUUAACUAAUGUGUAGAACAGUGUUUUAAAAUAAGCUUAGUUAAAGCCCCAAGACAAAGGAAAUCAUUAAAGAAAAUGAUAGCUGUGAAAGGACGCUGCACUAAGUGCAAAAAAAUAAUCGAUAUAAUGGAUCCCGGAAUUGUUUGCUCCAAAUGUGAAAAGUACUAUCAUGGCACGUGUAUAGAUCCGACACACAAUCUCAAAAUGUUACAGAAUUUAGUACUUCAUACUAAGAACUGGUACUGUAGCAAAUGUAUUAUUAACGUACCUCAAGGAGAUCAUACAAGAACGAAAGAAGACAGAGUGAAUAUACAGAAAAAAAUAGAUAUUCUGUUUGAGUUGAGAACUAUUCUGUCUAUGAUUGAUACCUCUAUGUCAAAAAUGACUGACCAGUGUGAAGAACUGAGUAGGAACGCUGAAGAGUUGAGAACCGAGAACAAUUCUCUUAGGAGGCGAAUUAUUCUGCACAAGAUUCACGGCGGUGAAUCUCCCAAAGACUUUAUUGAUUGGCAUGCCAAAAGGAAAUUGCUCCAAAUCAAAGAUUAUACAAAGCCGACAAAAAAGAAGAUACCUAAGUCGGAUGAAGCAAUUGCAAAGAAGAAUGCUUUGUUUUCAUAUAUAGAAAAAAACCACAAUUGGAAACCCUAUACUAGUAAAAGGGAGAAAACACUGUCUACUCCAGUUAUAAAGCAUGCUAUUAAGCAUCAUCGUUUAGGUAAGCAAGAAACUGCAGUUUUUUUUAGCCAUGUUUUUAUUAGUAAAGUUACCCAAAAAUGGUGGCACCAGUGUUUGCUUAUUAUUAUUAUUUUCUUGUACACACUCAUUGGAGCGAUUAUAUUUUAUAUAAUAGAAGGGUUGUUGUAUGAACUUCCUUUAUUCUACAAGGUGGAAAAAAGGCGUGGUGAACUAUACGGAAAACUACAAGAGAUAACACAAGUAGUCAAUAAUGUUUUAAUCGAAAAUCAACUAAUCUUAAAUAAAACUAAGAAUUUGUUGUUCGAUUAUUUUGACUUUGUACAAGAUAUUAUGAACCAAUAUGACGAUAAAGCGACUUUUCAAGUGGAGGAAAUGGCUUGGAACUUUUUAGGAAGUAUUGUUUUCAGUGCUACGACAUGCUUGACCAUUGGUUACGGAAACAUAAGGCCAGUUACUUCAAUUGGUAAAAUGUUAUCAGUCGUAUACGCUGUGAUCGGAAUACCGCUAUUUUUAAUAUUAAUGGCCACCCUCGGUAAAACCAUAAUCACUCAAUUAAGGAAGUUGCUGCACAAAAUCAGAAUGUGCAGUAGAGGUUGUUUUUUACCUAAAGGCGAAUAUGGAGGAAAUCGAUCAAAAUCAAGAGCCACCUUGGGAACGCUAUUCAUCGAUUUUAGUGAAGAAGAACACCCAAAUUUGCCGUUAUGGCUUGUCUUCAACCUAGAAGUAAUAUAUAUAUUGAUCGGGACGGUAAUUAUCAUAAUAUUCGAUAUUCCCGACUUCCUAACAGCUUUCUGUUUCACUUUCGAAUCUUUAACAACAAUCGGGUUUGGAGCCUUCGUUCCGGGGAGUAACGUAUUCAUGAUAGUUUUCAUUCUGUACAUUAUAGGAGGAAUUACUGUAACAGUAGUAUGCAUCCAUGUGGCUGAGGACAUUUAUAGAAACAGAUUGAAUUUCGCAACUAGAAAACUAGGAUUAACAACUGAGAAUUAUAUUGAACGCCAUUUGAAAUAACGCAAAAGAGUACGCUCCAGCAUCUGUGUUUCUUUCAACGAAAUUCCACAUUCGGAAGGCGUCUUUAAAUAUAAAUCUAUCUGAUUUGUCAAAUAA